AAGCCCGAGAAUAUGCUUUUGGAUCAGUUUGGGUUCGCAAAGCUCACAGACUUUGGAUUCGCUAAACGUCUGUUACCGCCCGGGCGUAAGACUUGGACUUUCUGUGGAACGCCCGAAUACGUGGCGCCGGAAAUCAUUUUAAAUCGUGGGCACGACUAUUCAGCCGAUUAUUGGUCGUUAGGAGUGCUAAUGUUUGAAUUGCUUACCGGAACCCCUCCGUUCACGGGAUCGGAUCCAAUGAAGACAUAUAACAUAAUCCUGAAGGGUAUCGACGCCAUUGACUUCCCGCGCACUGUCUCUCGUAACUCAACGAACCUCAUAAAGAAGUUGUGUCGCGACAAUCCCGCGGAGAGACUCGGCUAUCAGAAGGGAGGCAUCGAAGACAUUAAAAAACACAAAUGGUUUGACGGUUUCUAUUGGGAAGGACUCAAAAACCGUACUCUCAGUCCGCCAAUAGUGCCACUCAUCCGAAGUGCAAUCGAUAACUCAAACUUCGAUCAAUACCCGCCCGACACAGAGGGAGAGCCGGUGGAGGACAUGACGGGUUGGGACGAAGACUUUUAAGUUUAUUUUAUAACUAAUGAGA